AUGGGUGUUGUUGAGCUUGUCCUGUCGAAUGCAGGACACCUUGCACUACUAAGCUUGGGACUUGGCGUCGUGUAUCUAGUCGGUGCAGCAAUCUACAAUGUCUACUUUCACCCACUGGCCAAGUAUCCUGGUCCGCUUUGGGCCAAGAUCUCUCCGGUGUACAGCAUAUGGGGACUCUUCCGGGGUCGCUGGCCCUUUGAUGUCCACGAGCUGCAUUUGAAGUACGGGCCGAUCCUGCGUACCAUGCCCAACGAGUUGACCUUCACCGACCCGCAAGCCUGGAAGGACAUCUACGGCCACAGACAAGGGCAUCCGCAAUUUCAUAAAGAUCGUAGUGUCGGUUCUGUCCAGGACAUCCCUGGUUCCACCACUCUCACCAUGGCAGACGACGAGAAUCACUCCCGGCAACGCCGCACCUUGUCCCACGCUUUCUCGCAGAAAGCUUUGCUGGAGCAGGAGUCCAUCAUCAGGGGCUACGUGGACUUGUUCGUCACGAAGCUCAGGCCCUUUGCCCAGACAGGAAAGCCGGCCAACAUGUGCGAUUGGUUCAACUUUACAACUUUUGAUGUCAUUGGUGACAUGUCCUUUGGCGAGCCGUUUGGCUGUCUGAGGGACGGUGUCUGGCACGAUUGGGUGUCGCUGAUCACGCAGACCAUCAAAGCGGGUGCCUACGAGCAAGCCACCCGGCGCAUGUUCACAACAGGGUCCUUUAUGCAACGUUUCCUAUGCAAGUUCAUCCCCGCCGACCUGAAAAUGAAGCGCUUCCAGCAUCUGGAGCUCAGCAAGGAAAAGUGUCUCAAACGCAUCGACGAAGGACUGCGACGAGAGCACAACGACUUUUUGUAUUACAUCCUUCGACAGAAUGAAAAGGGUGGCGUCUCCCAAGAUGAGAUCAUCCUGAACUCGGCGCUCUUCAUCGUCGCUGGGUCGGAGACCACGGCCUCUCUCCUAUCCGGUCUGCUCAUGUGGCUCAUGCGCACCCCUCACGCGUACAAGAAGCUUACGGACGAGAUCCGCAACAACUUCCCCACAGCAGCAGAUAUGGAGUUCACCAAGCUCCAGGAGCUGCCGUACAUGAACGCCUGCAUCGACGAAGGACUACGCAUCUUCCCUCCCCUGCCCACGGGUCUGACACGCACAGUGCCCAGCGAGGGCGACAGCGUCGCAGGAGAGUGGCUGCCUGGCGGCAUCACCGUGUCCUGUCACGGAUGGUCGACGGCACACUCGCCGCGCAACUUCCACCAGCCGGACGUCUUCAUUCCUGAACGAUGGCUCGACAAGUCGGGCCUGUACUCGGACGAGAACAAGGAGGCCAGCCAGCCCUUCAGUCUCGGUCCUCGCGGAUGUAUCGGGAAGCACCUGAGCUACCUGGAGCUCAGGCUGAUUCUGGGCAAUUUGCUGUGGCAUUACGACGUCGAGAGGGCGGACCUAGAUGCGCCAGAUGCAUUCGAUGCUUUCAACACCUGGAACAAGCCUGCGCUCAUGUGUCGGUUGAAGGAGGUGAAGCGGUAG